AUGUCAUCCCCGAAAGACUUUGUGUUGGAGAUCACACCUCCCACUGAGAAUGAUGUAACGUCACUAAACUCGUUAAAUGUGUUGAAGUUUUCGGUCAAGCAACGAGUCCCCCCACUCAUAUAUCGGACACGGUACUUUCUUUUAUGCGGUUCCACUAUCGGUCUUGUAAUUUGUGUAGCAUAUAAUUACAAGGCAAUCACCACGGUGUACACUUUGUCUGUCAUACUAAUUCAGGUAGUGGUGAUUGUGUUGCUUCUUUUUGUUCAAGAGCCGCAAGAUACUUUGACGAUCAUGAAGGGAAUUGGAGCGCAGUUAGAAUCCCACAAAAUAAUGUCCUUCCAAAGCAGUAACACCUUCAUUCCCAUUAACAACAUAAUCGAUCUAGUUAUACACGAAGGAUUUCAUAAUUAUGGACAAGUUAUAUUCUACUUGUGCUUUUUAACAAAAAAUUUCCAAUUGGAGAAACUGGCAAAGGAUGAUGUAAUACAGGUCGUAUUUGGUGAAUUUUUACCAAGGAAGGACGUUUUAUUGAAAGUUUGGAAGUUGAGUAGACAAUUGCUUUUUGGUGAAACAAAAAGGUAUU